GGACGUUUCGCUCGCUCGUCGCUCUUUCCCUCUCUUCUUCUCUCGCCCGCUCCUCAUCCCUCCACCAUUCCUCUUCUCUCACCGCUGCGUCCGUCCUGUCCGUCGCGAGUGCCGGCCGCGCUGCUUUCCAGUGCCCGUCAUCUCCUCCAUCUCUCUCCCAUUCUCCGCCCUUCGUCCCGCCUCGGAUUCCCGUAAGGCUGUCCGUGUUUGAGAGAAGCUGCGUCUCAUCACCACGCGCGAGCCUCCCUCCUUCCUCACUCUCUCGAAGCUCCGCCACGUGUGAGUCUCGUGCGCGCGCCUGCCUCGACCUGCCCGCGCAACGUUCUCGUCGCCGCUGCUGGGCAUCCGCCCUCGAUCCUCAGUCUUGUCCUCGCCACCGCUGCAACGACCGUGGCAGCCUCGUCUUCGUGACAGCCUGCCGCUCCAACAAUGGCUGCCCUUCAUCACACAUCGCCAACGGCGGCAAUGCCUGGCCACCACGGCCCACCAGGUCCUGCUCACGCUCCGAACGGCCACAUUCCGCCUGGAAUGCCGCCACAGCAGAAGACUGUUGCUCAAGCUCUUGCCGCGGCAAACGAGGCCGCAUGGAUUCAGCUUGGAUCGCUGAGUGAGCUGCAAGGUGAUCUCGACGGCGCCGUCGCCGCCUACGAACAUGCCAUCCAGCACAACUCGUGGUCCGUUCCUGCCAUGUCUGCCAUUGCUGCCAUUUUGCGCAAUCGCGACCAGUAUGCCCUGUCGAUCGAGUAUUUGAGGACGAUCCUCAAGAUCGACGGCACCAACGGCGAAGUCUGGGGCCAGCUUGGACAUUGCUACUUGAUGAUGGACAAUCUUCAAGAAGCCUACUCCGCCUACCAGCAGGCACUCUACCAUCUGACCGACCCCAAGGAACCGAAGUUGUGGUAUGGCAUCGGCAUCCUUUACGACCGCUAUGGCUCUUUGGAGCAUGCAGAAGAGGCAUUUUCGCAGGUCAUGCGCAUGGCGCCCAACUUCGACAAAGCUAACGAAGUCUACUUCCGCCUCGGCAUAAUAUACAAGCAACAGUCCAAGUACGACCAAAGCUUAGAAUGCUUCAACUACAUUGUCAACGACCCACCUCGACCGUUGACUGAAGAGGACAUCUGGUUCCAGAUCGGCCACGUCCACGAACAGCGCAAAGACUUUGAAAAAGCAAAAGCAGCCUACCGCCGCGUCCUGGAUCGCGAUCCAAAUCACGCCAAGGUCCUUCAACAGCUGGGCUGGUUACACCACCAACAAAGUGAAAGUUUCGCCAGUCAAGAACAGGCGAUCCAGUAUCUCGAGAAGUCAGUCGCUGCUGACCAAAACGAUGCGCAAAGCUGGUACCUGCUUGGCCGCUGCUACAUGUCACAGCAAAAGUAUCCGAAGGCGUACGAGGCGUAUCAGCAGGCGGUUUACCGCGAUGGUCGCAACCCUACCUUCUGGUGCUCCAUAGGCGUGCUUUACUACCAGAUCAACCAAUACCGCGAUGCGCUUGAUGCCUACUCCCGAGCCAUCCGCCUCAAUCCAAACAUUUCCGAGGUUUGGUAUGACCUAGGCACUCUGUAUGAGUCUUGCAAUAACCAGACGGCUGAUGCACUCGAUGCGUAUCAGCGAGCUGCUGACCUCGAUCCAAACAAUGCUCAUAUUCAGGCGCGCUUACAGCUCCUGCAAAACGGUCGCCCAACAAACGGCAUGCCGAAUCAGAACAGCGCACCUUUGCCGCAGGAUAUUCACCCACAAGCAUACCAGCCAACUCCAGCUAAUGGACCACCUGGACCACAGUGGGGUGCUUCGCAGGCCCCGUCUGGACCACCCCCUUCUUUUGACUACAACCGAACACGUAUUGCGGAGAUCAAUCAGACUCCACAGGGCCCGCCACAGCAGCUGCAGCCUAUGGAGCACAGAGAUCCGGGCCGUCAACCUGGCCCGCCACCACAUCUUGGCCGACCUCAGAGUCCCAAAUCGACAGAGCCACCUCGACAUUUCCAGGAGCCACCUCGACCGCCAACUACGGGUCACCAGCGGCGCACGCCAUCACCGAGAUCGCAAGGCAGUGGUCCGUUUGCGCCUCAACAUCUUCCCCCACCUCCCCCGCCAGCUAUUCAGAGUGGUAGCACAACCUCCCAGCCGCUCGAAACAGGCCGGAGGAUUACCAACCCGAAUUAUGGACCACAAUCCGCAUCUGUUCCUCCUCCUUCGACUGCUCAGUCCUCAGCUGGCGUGCCACCGUACGGUCGCUCUAGCCCACCUGAAGUUCGCCCGAUCAAUAUCGAUCGUCCGGCGUCCGCGGGCUCGUCAUAUCCCCCUUUUUCACACCACGCAAAUACCUCGGCACCCUCUUCGAUUGAAAGUGGUGCUCGUCCACCGCAGGCUGCUAUGGCCGCCGCCGAACAAGCUGCUCGCGAUCGCGAGCACGACAAUCACACGCCGUCUACAAACGGCACCAAGCGGCACCGCGACUGGGAAGAAGACUCAGCCGUCAAGCAACCGGCGGAUGAGAAGCGUCAGCGUAUUGAUGAGCACGUUGCACGGCCCCCUUCGGUUCCCAUGCACGGUCACUCGUCUCCACCACGUCCACAAUCCUCUUUCGACACGGACGCACAGGGGCGUCGCCAGGCGGAUGAACUGCGCCGCGCGAACGAAGCGUAUCACCCUUCGGAGGCGGCGCACCACCCACCGUCGCUACCCGCCAUUAACAAUGGUCAACAGCCCACUGCAAGCAGCCGCAGCCCGCCGCAGCCGCAGCACCAGCUACCACGCAUGUCUGAAACGGUCAAGGAAGAGCCCAGACGCGAAGUCGUCCACGAGCCCGCAGCCCGACGCAUAGAGGUGGACGAGAAUUAUGACGACGAUGAGGAUGAGAAGAGACCUGUCCCGCCUACCCCAGCUGCACCUGUAUCGAACGCGGCGGACCCAAAGAGAGACAGUCCCAAGAGCGCAUCUGCCGCAGCAGCAGGUUCGGAACCUGCUGCUGCAGCCGCAAGUGCGUAAAGCUUUGUUGUGAACCAACGUCGAUGGAUUGGUUUCUUGCGAUUCUUAAGACUUAAUGUGUAAAAUUCGGGGACUUCUUUGCGAUACUGAAAAGGUGCUUGCGCUUUACGACCGAACACGUGUUUAUGCGAGCCGAUUGACUGUCUGUGGCUGGAUACCACCAUCACGAAAAAUUGGCGCGGUGCCUGCGUUAUUUUCCUCUUGAAAGCUCAUCAGCACGUGGGCUACAUGAGCACUCACUAUUGUGGGAAUUGAUUUCCUUUUUUUUCCCGUACUCUUUUCAUAUACACUUGAUGCUAGUUGAAGGUGGGCGAAGCAUGUGACUUACUCUUGGUGCGCCGUUGGGGCUGUCUUCGAGCAGUUGCCUUUUCAUUCUCAAGUAUUCACCAGUGUUUUCUCUUUGGUUUCAGUUGUGUCCUCACGCAUGUUAGCAGUCAAAAAAAAUUAGUAAGGAAUAUCAUCAAUCGAUUAUUCAAAUUUUAGCCAUGUUAAAAGUGAGCGAUGGACAGUGCCUUCUACUUGUAC